CCUACUCAGCUUUGCCGUUCCAAGUAUUGGCGAAAGGAAAUGGCGGAUUAGGAUUUCGAACCAGCGCUCUAAGCCCUAUAUAAACCCCUACCGUCGCCGUCGCCGUCGUGCCAAUCAGUCCAGUCGGAAGUAAUAGUAGCAGCACAUAUAUACCCAGUCACUCCCGUGUGUCAAAAGCAGUCCGAGUAGGCAGCGAAAUGGCUUGGACCUCCCGCCGCAUGGCCGCAUCCGUCCUCUUCUUCCUGUUGCUCCUCGUCACCUCAGAGAUGGGGACGACGAGGGUGGCGGAGGCGAGGCACUGCCUGUCGCAGAGCCACAGGUUCGUGGGGGGCUGCAUGAGGGAGCGGAACUGCCGGCACGUGUGCAACACGGAGGGCUUCCCCUGGGGCGACUGCCGGUGGCACGGCAUGGAGCGCAAGUGCUACUGCAAGAGGCUCUGCUAGCUGCAUGUACGAUCUGCCAGCAAGACUGCACGGCCUCGCUAGGACCAUCCCAUUAAUCUGCUGUUGCGUACGUGGUCACUGUCGCA